GGCGUGCUGCAGAUUUGUGGCUACUGCGAGCUUCCAGGCGCGUAGCUGCAGCUCGGAGGAGAGCUUAGUGAGGCCUUGUGCGGAAGAGAAGGAGAAUCCGGGCUUCAAGCGACCGCCACGCGCUGCACAGCAACAGUUAGGCUUACCCCAGCGAAACCGCCGUGCAGCGACCGCGAGGUGCUGCUAUCAGCCCGGAACUUGCAUCGCCAGCCCUGCCGCGCUGCGCCGCAACCGCUGCGCACGUUAUCGACGCCGGCGCCGCGUUCGUCGUGGGAGCCGUUCCGACGACGCGCACGUUAUAGAGAUGGCCGACGACGCCGCCGGCGCGUCGUGGGAGGAGCAGAAGGCCAAGUGGGGCGCGCGCGGCGCGCGCGGCAUGCGCACCUGCGCGCCGGGCCGGGAGUGCCUCGCCGACGGCCGCACGGGCCGCCAGGCCCUCGAGGACGUUGGUGGGAAUGAGGCGCCCGAGGACGCGUUCGUCCGCGGCCUCGCCGAGGCGCGCGCGGAGAAGGAGCGGCGGCGCGCGAGCCGCGGCGGCGAGGGCUCGCGCGCGAGCCAGCGGCGCCGCAAGCGCGCCGGCGCCGGCGGCGCGGCCGCCGCGUCGGCGCCCGCGCCCGCGCCCGCUCGCGCCCCGGCGCCCGCGCCCGCUGCAGCGGCGCGCAAGCCGGUGCCCGCCGCGAAACCACGCGCGACGCCGCGCCCUCAAAAACGCCGGAGCGGCGAGACCGCGGGCGACGCGGACAAGCCGAAGCGCGCGCGCAAGUCGUCCGUCUCGGCCGGCGUGUCGUCGCUCUUCCUCACGUCGCCGACGACGCACACGCACGCGCAGUCGGCCGCCGCCGCGGCGCCGCGGAACCUGGGCGAGGGGCUCUGGGUGCGCGACACCGCCGCGGGGACCGGCGCCUCCGCCGAAGCGGGCGCGACGGUGGCCGUGCUCUACACGUGCCGGCUCCACGCGACGAACAAGCGCGUCGACCACCGGUCGAACCCGAACUCGCCCUUUACGUUCAUCCUGGGCCGCGGCGCCGUCGUCGAGGGUUUGGAUCGCGGGCUCGAGGGCAUGGCUGUGGGUGGGGAACGGGAGCUCGUCGUGCCGGCGCACCUCGGCUACGGCGCCGCCGGCGCGCCGCCGAAGAUCCCGCCCGACGCGGCCUUGCACUUCGCCAUCAAGCUCCUGCGCGUCGGCGACGGCGAGGACGCCGCGAAGGGCGGCAAGCGCCGGCGCGCGCGCGGCGCGCGGGGCGGCGCCCGCGCGGCGAAGAAGAAGCUGGCCGCGAAGCUGCGCGCCGCGGGCGAGAAGUGA